GGCGCCACCAUCUUCGAGCCGCUGCGCCCGCUGAGUCGGUGGGUGGUCGCCCGCGGGAGGUCGGUAGGCGGCGGGUUGCUGCCUCGGGUCCCGGCCUCGCCUUCUGCCGCAGACCCACGAUGCCGCAGUACCAGACCUGGGAGGAGUUCAGUCGCGCGGCCGAGAAACUCUACCUCGCCGAGCCCAUGAAGGCACGUGUGGUUCUCAAAUAUAGGCAUUCUGAUGGGAGUUUGUGUAUUAAAGUAACAGAUGAUUUAGUUUGUUUGGUGUACAGAACAGACCAAGCUCAAGAUGUAAAGAAGAUUGAGAAAUUCCACAGUCAACUAAUGCGGCUUAUGGUAGCCAAGGAAUCCCGCAGCGUUGCCAUGGAAACAGAUUGAAUGGUUUGCAAUGAAGACCGGCAUGCUCUUAGUCUUUUGACUGUGAGAAAGUGUUGGGACAGAAAAUAUGUAACUAAAAGUGAAUUAUUGAAAAAUUUAGGGUUUUUUUGGUACCUUGUUUUUUUUUAAUGUUUACUUUAGAGAGCUAGGAAAUUAAAAGGUUUUUUUUUUUUUAAUGAACAAGAAAUUCAUCUAAGAAACUUCAGAUUAUUUGGAGUUGGGCACAAUGUAUGAUUAAUUGCUUUAGUAAAUUUGUUAUCAAUGAUUUGAAAAUGAGAUGUCAAAGAAAACCAAUUCUUCUAGUUUAAUUAAGCUAUUUUAAAAGAAAACUAAACGUGACUAUUUUUCUGGAUUGAUACCAUAUUUUUGGCGGGGGUUUGGUUUCUUUUUUUUGAGCGUAGGAUUUGUGCAGAGAUAGCCCUCAAGUAUAAAAUGAGGUACUGGAAUUACCUGCAUAGCCGUGUGUGUGCCGGUAUGUAGUUGCAAAUAUAUCUAACAGUAAUAAUGCAAGCAAAUAUGCUUUAGCUUAAACUUUCCAAAUUUACACUCUAUUUUUAAUACAAGAGGUACAUCAUGUUAUUAGCUUAUUGAGCAAAGAUUACUUUGAGUCUAAUUUUCAGUUCUCAAGCACCGGCCGUCACUGUACAAAGUCACAGUACAAGACAUGAACAGGAUUGCUGCGCAGCUGAAAGGACCCUGUCACAGACUGCCGCGUUUCGCAUCUGGUCCCCCCGAGGACUAAGGCUUGCGUGACCUUUGCGUAGCUCUGUAACACCCCUGCCUGCCUCUGUGUGUCACCCGCGGUGAGCAUGACUUUCACCACUGUUAACGAUUCCCAUUACACCGAAGUGUGAUAUUAUUUGAUAUUUAUCUCAUAUUUGUAACCAGAAUUUUGCCAUCUAAAUGUAAUGUCCACAUGUUGAUUCUACAUUAAAAUAUUUUUUCACAGAAAUGUGUUGAGCGGCAAUUUAACAUAGAAAGUUGCAUUAGUUAUGAAUUUUGGGGUGUUUUUGAGGGGUCAGUAAAUAAAAUAUGUGAGUAUGUAUGGUUUCA